AUGGAGACUGAAUCUGUAAGAUCUGAGUUGAGCAGUCGAUCGCGGAGAAGUUCUAGACACCGACAGCACACUCAUAGAAGUACAAGGAGUACCAAAUCGCAAAAGAAAGACUGUGUAGAUAGUAGUAUGGCACCUUUUCAAACUAGUGUAAAUAUUAACCCUGAUAUUGGACGUGAUGGCCAAGAAGUGAUAGAGGUUCAAAUUCUUCCUCAAGAUGAAAAUUGGGGUGAAAAUACCACUGCCAUUACUGGUAAUACUUCUGAAGGGUCGGCUUCAAUGGAAGACGUUAGCAAUUGGCCUAUAGAAUCAGACAAUGGACUAGGAUUUAUGUGUUCUAGAUAUUUCACAACCACCAUAGGUUUAGGAUUAUCAUUUAUGUCCUUUGUGAGCCCAUUGGCUAUGGUUGUGCUGCCGAAAAUAGGAUUCUUUCCUGGAUUAUCAGAUAAUAUUGCGAUUCAACCGAGUCAACGAAUACAACUGCUCUCAUGUACAGGGGAAUGUAAAGGAAUUCUGCUUUCUAUAGCAUUUAAAUUAGUUUUGCUAGCAAUAGGGAAGCCACCAAGGCUCUCGCCUUGGGGGAAGAAGCAGUCGACUAUACAUCAUUAG